AUGCCAGAUGCACUUUGCCUCGCCGAACUCGAGAAGGCCAUACCGUCUUUUCUUUACAGCAGAGAGAUCGCUGCACUGUCCCAGCCCGGAACAACCAGGGUGCUCGAUUCUGACGAGGAGGCAACCGCAGUGUUGGCGCUUGCCCUCGACCAAUCCAACUCCGAAUCGGAAAGCUCGUCAGGCACCGAACCUGACAAAGAGGAUUUGCCCUCUCUGUGCAUCCCGUGCAAAGCAGCCUUGGGAGCUCGCCUGGCGCCUUGGGGCGUGACGCACGCCAUACAGUACACGGAUGACACAGACGCAUCCUGCAACGCCACGGCAUGCGGUCUGGCACUGCGCCCAGGCACCUGCUUGGUAUACAAGCUCUCCGGUCUCACAUUUUGCCAGCGCAAAGCAUGCAAAGCCUUUUUCGCCCAAGCCACGCAGGAGUGA